CACCACAUAAAUCUCGCAGUGAUGGCUGCGCCCCCCGAUGCGGAGAGUUUGGAGUCUCGUAUCAACCGAGCCACAAACCCUCUGAACAGAGACACGGACUGGAGCAGCAUCCACGCCUUCUGUGACCAGCUCAACAAUGAUUUGGAGGGACCUCAGCUGGCAACGAGGCUCCUUGCCCACAAGAUCCAGUCUCCACAGGAGUGGGAGGCCAUGCAGGCCCUGCUGGUUCUGGAGACGUGUAUGAAAAACUGCGGUAAAAGGUUUCACAGUGAAGUGGGCAAAUUCCGUUUUCUCAAUGAACUCAUUAAAGUAGUUUCUCCAAAGUACCUGGGCUCACGCUCACCUGAGCCAGUAAAAAAGAAAGUUCUAGAGUUGAUCUAUAGCUGGACUCUGGGAUUACCUGAUGAGGCAAAGAUCUCAGAUGCUUAUCAGAUGUUAAAGAAACAAGGUAUUAUUAAACAGGAUCCAGAGCUCCCACCUGACAAACUACUGAACCUUCCCCCACCCAGACCCAAGAAUGCCAUUUUUGAGGAUGAGGAGAAGUCAAAAAUGUUGUCUCGCCUGCUGAACAGCUCACACCCUGAGGACCUAAAAGCUGCAAACAAACUCAUCAAGGAAAUGGUUCAAGAGGAUCAGAGGCGAGCAGAGAAGGUGUCAAAGCGGGUGAACGCCAUCCAGGAGGUGAAGGAGAGCGUCACUCUGCUGACUCAGCUCCUGCAGGACUACGACAGCAAGUCUGUCAGUCAGAGCAAUGCUGAACUCAUCCAGGACCUGUACCAGCGCUGUGAGAAAAUGAGACCAACACUGUUCAGAUUGGCGAGUGACACGGAGGACAAUGACGAGGCUCUGGCGGAGAUCCUGCAGGCCAACGACAGCCUGACUCACGUCAUCAACCUGUACAAGCAGCAGGUGAAGGGGGAGAUAGUCAACGGGAACAACACAUCCAGCACACAGAAACAAAAAGGGGGGACGGCGCUCCUGGACCUCACAGGAUUGGACACGUCACCACAGUCUCCACCGUCAUUCCCAGAGUUCCCCACUCCGACAGACAGCCUCAACGCCCCCUCACAGGAGACGGGGAUCAGUCUGCUUGAUGAUGAGCUCAUGUCGCUUGGUUUAAGUGAAGGAACACACACCUCUAACCCCCCCUCACAGCCAGAGGACUCCACAGCCUGGGACUCCUUCCAGUCCUCAGACAGCAUAGACGCAGACCUCCCAGCAGCCCCGAGCCUCCUCCUGAGUCCAGACCCCCCCACUCACUCUCAGCUCCUCUCAUCUGGAUCGAUCCCGGGGAACUCGGCCCUAGACGAGCUGGACCUGCUGGGGAAGACGCUGCUGCAGCAGUCCCUGCCUCCUGAGGGCCUCCAGGUCAAAUGGGACAAACAGCAGUCUAAACCCACUCUGAGAGACCUGCAGAGUAAAUCUGGAUCGAACGUUACCCCAAACCCCAUCCCAGCAUUUGUGGCUGACCCCCCUGCACCCCUCGUCAACUCGCAGCCGGGCCUUGGAGCGACGCUGCUGGACAUUUCCCCAACUCACAGUGAAACGUCUGCUGCAGAAGUCACCCUGACUGAUGUUUUUGUACCGUUAGAAUCCAUUAAACCCAGUAGUCUGUUACCUGUGACUGUGUUUGACGGACACAGUCUGCGGGUUCUCUUUCACUUCGCACGUGACUCUCCCCCAUCUCGCCCUGACGUGCUGGUGGUGAUCAUCUCCAUGCUGUCGUCAGCUCCUGUCCCCGUCACCAACAUCAGCUUCCAAGCAACAGCUCCAAAGACGAUGGCCGUGAAGCUGCAGCCUCCAUCAGGAUCAGAGCUCCCAGCCUUCAACCCCAUCCUCCCUCCGGCUGCUGUCACACAGAUCCUGCUUCUCGCAAACCCCAGCAAGGAGAAAGUGGAGCUGGAGUACAGACUAACAUUCACCAUGGGCGAUCAGGAGCACAGCGAGAGUGGCAGUCUAGAACAGUUUCCUCCUCCGGAGACGUGGGGGAAUCUAUAGCAUUGAAACACAAACACAACCUGACAGACUGCUUUCUGACUCGCCGUUCUCCCUAAACAACUCGACAUGAUGCACACGCCUCUUUCCUUUCAAUCACAUUGAACUUUCUUUGAUUGAUUCUUUAGUUUGGGUUUUGCUCCUGCUCCGUCAGUGUAAUGUGUGUUCUGCUUUAAUGAGUCCGUGUGUUUAGGUCUAGUCCGCUUUAUGUGGCUGCUUUAAAUCAAACCUGCGACUGUUUCUGUACAGUCGCUGCAGUCCUGUCAUUGUAGUUUUAACAGACAGCGCUAUGAAGGAAGAAACUACAUCCAACUAGUGAGUGAUCGCUCAUUUAGUGUGCUCGAUUUUUUUCUGUUGGGGCAUUAAGUCUUUUACCUGCAGUUUCCACAUGGGCCGAGUACACCGUGGUCUGUCCAUUCUGAGCCAAUGUCAGCCUUUCUAGUCAGUCUUUGUAUUAACCAGCACAUCUCAGUCAGUCUUUAAGCAGAGCAGAGCGCCCACUCUGGCCUGGGCUGUCGAUUGUGUGUCCCAAAAUUAAACCAAUAUUAUAGCAAAAUAGGAAGCAAAUAGACAGCAAAUCCACCCUGGAAAGGAGAGUAAUACUGGAGAUAUAGCAGCUGUUUCACCUUGUUUACAUGUGUGCCCGGCUGUGUUAUGAGCAUUCCUGUAAAUAUACUCGUCUAUAUGCAGUGUUGUUGCUAGACACCACUAGAAGGCACAGCAGAGCUCAAGCUGUAUACAGCUACCUGAUGUGUGGGAUGUAAACUACAAAUAUGGAAACACUUGAGGUUAUUUGAAUGUUAAUGCUGAGAUCAGAACUAGCAUGAUAUCAUCAGUAAUUAAUAGUAACAUCAGAUCAGAUCAGGCUGAUGACCAGUUGUCAAAACACACUGUCUGCAAUUUGUUUCUAUAAGAUUUACCUCUGUGCAAAGUCAUAACACUCCUAGUGUUCUGGUUUAAUUAGUGAGCCUGUUACCGAGUGAUUUUCAUAAUUAUGUGGGAAUAGAGCCUGCUAAUGGGCCAUGAAUUUAACGAAGACUCAAUCCGAAUGCAAAUGUAAGAAACUACUUAGCAGGGUCGCUAGUUUAACUGUAACACCAGCCUUAUUUUCAUUAUUUUACAAGUUCAAAAGUUGACUUUUAAAACUGGAUGCUUCUGUCAUGCGCUGUUGGACGGACAUGUUUCUCUCUGAGCAGUGAAUGUAACACUUCGUAAAGGUUUGGAGGAUUGUGACUCCUUUUAUCAUUUUUUUUUCUUUAAAACUUUAAGAUGGUAUUGUUUCUAAGGGUGUGUUCACAAUCACUCAAACAGGUGUAUUAGGGCCUCCCUAAAAAAUAAAAAGAAGUACUUGUUAAUUUUGUAGAGAAUAAAACAGAAAGAAUUAAUUAUUGCAUAAAUUUUCAACAAAAAUUUAAACUAGAUCAACUACAGAAGCCUAAAUAGUUUCUAAUUAAAAAGUCAUCAAUUUUAGCUUUGUAUUCACUCAUACUUCAAGGUCAUGAAGUCAUAAAUUUACCACAGAAAAAAGCAGUUUUUCAAGUAAAAAGUCAUUUAUCUUUUCUUUAUAAACACUAACAUUUAAAAUUUAUAGGGAUGCCAAGUUACAACAGGAAAAACUAGAAUUUUUUCUAGUUAGAAGUUGAACACUUUAACUUUAUAUCCACUAAAAUUAAAAGUUUAUAAAGACCCUUAAUUUACAAAAAAACACUUUUUUAGCCACAAAGUUUUAAAUUUUAACUUUAUAAACACUUGAAUUUCAGGUUCAUAAAGCCAUACAUUUACAAAAAAGAGCGCAAAUUUUUAAAGUUAAAAAGUCAUUUAUUUUUUCUUUAUAAACACUUAAAUUUGAAGUUUAUAGGCUCAUACAUUUUCAACAGAAAAAGCAGAUUUUUCUAGUUAUAAGUAAAUUUAACCUAAUACACACUCAAAUUUCAAAUUUAUUAAUUUGUAAAUUUACAACAGAAAAAAAAGAAAUUUUCUGGUUUAAAAGUCUUAAAUUUUGAAUUUAUAAACACUAAAAAUCAAAGUGUCUAAAGUCAUAACUUUUCAACAGAAACAAAGAAAUUUUCUGGUUGAAUUUUUACCUUAUAAACACUCAUUUUUCACUUUACACACUUAAAUUUCACAUCUCUAAAGCCAUUAAUUCACAACAAAAAAAAACCCUCUUAAUUUUCUAGUUAAAAAGCCGUAAAUUUCAACUUUAAAGAAUACUCGUUUAUAGUUUAUAGGGUCAUAAAUUUACAUAAGAGAAACUCAACAUUUUCCAGUUAAAAUGUUGUAAUUACUAACUUUAUAAACACUAAAAUUUAAAUUUUACAAGACCAUUUAUUCACAACAGAAAAGCCUGAAAUCUUCUAGUUUAAAUGUCAUAUAUUUUAACUUAAUAAACUUGAAAUUUUUGAGUGUAUAAAGUCAUAAAUUUACUAGAAAGGAAACUCAAAGUACUUGUUGAAUCAAAGUUGCUCCUGGCUUCUGCCGGUGCGUCAUCCUCCUCUGAAUAGCUCAAGUUUACAGAAUGCCUCUUUAAAAUGCGACUUUAGUGACGGCUAAUGUGAAGAUUCUGGGCUAAAAUCUCUGGAUUUCUUGUUCUUGAGUCCCAGUAUAAAGUGUAAUCUGAAUGUGGUCUUAAUUGCAGUACUUAGAAAAGACAAACCACUUUAUCUGGUGCAAUUUCCAUCCAUUCAAUGAAAUGUGCAUGACUUUAAAAUUUUGGCUUAUAUAUUUACAACUUAACCUAAAAAUUUUGAGUUUGGUUUGUCAUAAAUUUACCUGUUUAAUCUAAAAAGCACAUUUCUUUCCCUCAAAAAUAAGAAGAAUUUCACUUUUCUCAGAGUAGCCCUGAUAAAUUGCUGUACACAUUCCCUCCACCUUUACUCUUCCUCUACUGUUUCUGCAUUUUGCGCCCCUGUUGCAUUGAUUUUUGAAGACGUUCACAGCUGAAGCAUCAGAUCAGCACAGGACGUCAUGUGUCCAUGUAUGAGUAGUUAAGUCUCUGGUCUAACAUGCUGUUAAAGUGCUGUUCUGUUAUUUAAACGUAAACUCGUGACCAAUCUUCUCUGAGCUUCAGAAACAAACAGUGGGCUCGCUGUUGGUCAGAACAGUGUCGCAGUAUGGACAGGCUCUGUGGAAACUGCAGGUUGAACCCAGAAUUGGUUCACUUUCUCAUCUGCAUGCUCCGCCGUUAUCGGGGAUUAUGCCUGAUAAUUCCAUCACUCCUAAAUGAAGAGGCUGAGCAUUACAUCAACAUCUCUUUAGUUAUAACUACAAUUAAUCCUAUUAUUUUGGUGUCUGCUUUGUAAUAAGUGACUAUCAUUAAUUAUUUCUAAUUUGCACAGAUGUUUCGGGGCUUUACGGUUUUCCUUCUUGUGUGAAGAACAAAAUCUACUGUAACAUCAGAGUUGUGUAUUAUCUGCCAUAUGUGCCUAUUUUGCAGUUCUAAGUGCGUUCAGAUGGAUUUCCUCAUUUAUCUCAUGUUAUUUAGGUCUGCAGUUUGUCUGACAUACAGAUUUUAACCUGAAAUCUUAAUAUAUUCAAAGCGAUUUCUGUAGCGUGCCACUUUAAUUUGACAGAUCUUUUCAGUAGCUUGUUUUUAGUUCCAAUUCCAGCAUUGAUUUGGUUUGAUAUUCCUCAUAUGCAGAGAGAGCUGCAGCAGGUCGUCUGUCUCAAACACGUUGAACUUGUUUCUUCAGUCUGCGGCGCAUGUCAGCUGAAAACGUUGUCCUCCCCUCGGUCACAUUCCUCUGCACUUAUGUCCUAUUAAACUGCUCUGUAAAUACCAACGAUGGCAGUUCUGUUAUGUACAUUUGACUCGUGUGCAAGAGUAUAACACUGGUUAAAUAUUCAGAAUGGGUAAUAAAGAGUUUUUUCUUGGUGA